AUGAUUCCAACCAUCAUCAGCUACAGUACUACGAUCAGCGCUUGCGAUAAGGGCGGGCAGUGGCAGCAUGCGCUGCUAUUGUUGAGCAAGUUAUGGCAACAGGCGUUAGAACGAGACCUCAUCAGCUACAGCGUCGGAAUCAGCGCGUGUGAGAAAGGUGGGCGGUGGCAGCAGGCGAUGAUGUUGCUCUGCGAGCUUGGGGCAGCGAAGAUGGAGACAGACGUGAUUAGUUACAACGCUGCGAUCAGCGCGUGUGAGAAAGGUGGGCAGUGGCAGCAGGCGCUGUUGUUGCUCAGGGAGGUACGGACAGCGAAUAUGGAAUUGGAUGCCGUCACUUAUAGUGCUGGUAUAAGCGCUUGCGAAAAGAGUAGGCAGUGGCAACAGGCACUUGCAUUACUCAGCGAGAUGAGCGAUGUGAGAGUAGAGGGAAACGUCGUCAGCCACAGUGCUGCAGUGAGUGCAUGCGAGAAGGGUGGACAGUGGCAGCAUGCUCUGUCGCUGCUCUUUGAAAUGAUAAUCCGUAAGGGCUUCGCCCCCUGA